AUGGUCUUUGGAUCCAUUCGCCUUAGGACUGCCUACACCGAGUUCCAAGACCCUUCUGCCUCAGAGGCAGAUAGGGACGUCUAUGGGCGCAUGGAAGACCGCUUGGCCUUCGCCGGUGAAGGCGCCCUGCCUGGGCCCAUGGGCGCGCAGUGCACCCACGGCGCCGUGUUCUCAGGCGGGCAUGCGGCUGUGCAGAUACUGGCCGGCCUUGGGAAGAGCGAGGUGGCGACUCUGAAGGACAUGCACGGGCCCAUGGGCUUGGAUGUUCCUGCCUUGGUUGAGGUCAUGGCGACCGGACGCCUCUCCCGGAAGAGGGAGCGCCCUGCCUGA